UACUUAUAAUUACCUAGGGCAAUUAGAAGUUAGACUAGUUCAUCUAGGCUAUUUGUUUGAGAUGUAUCUGAUUCCUCUGUCUGUAACUGCAUGCAUUCCAAACGGCUUCUAUCUACGACGUGCGUAAGCAGGUUUGAGAACCUGUCUGAAUUGAAUCCAAAUGAUAACACAUUGAUAGUCAAUAUGUUGGCGAAUAUACAAGUGUUGGGCCAACAUGUCAUGUCGUCGUGUAUGUCAACCGAAUAUUUGAUUUAGUAUAGUAUCAAGAACUUUGUGCUGAUGGAGACAAUAGUAAAUAGUUCAUUUAAUGCGGGAGAGACCAUCCACAGGCACUGAAAGGUGUAUCCAUGAAACGACCGAGGCGCAAACGUCUUGGUUUUGCUCCUAAUGGAACACAGUCCAGGAAAUAGGCUCUACUUAGGAGUUAAAGAAGCAAUUGGAGGCUUUGCUUAUCGUCAUCGCUCGAGAGGAAUCAAGCUCUUAGUGCAUUGAAUACUUGGGAGACCGAUGACUAUCCCCGUGUCACAGUGGUUUCGACUCACUCAAUCAUAUGCACUUCAACAUACAGCGCAUGCUUUCACCUUUUGCGUUCGCCUAUUCUUCGGGAGUGCUUCCAGGAUAUGUUUUGAUCACACACUUGCACACAGGGUGAGGACCUGCACAGGCUGUGCAGAGAGCUCACAGAGAGUGAUGCAACCUGGAAGCUGCUGAUAUGCUGAAAAAUAAAGCCAAAGAAAGGCCAGCCAGUGAACUGAACAGGAGAGGAGACAUGGAGUAACAGUGUCAGCCAGAGAUAGAGCUUGUUAAUGUGUUGCCAUAUACCAUGACUGAUUCCUUCUGACACAGUGUACGGUACCCAGAGAUGUACGACUCCCGAUAGUGCUGUGUAAGCUAUUUUACAAAGGGCCGUAUAGCAGGUACAGAGACAUUGACAGUGUUGGAUUCACUGACUGUCAGGGCAUGGAUGAAGACAGAUAGAUGGCAUACUGAAGAUAGAUGGCAAAAGACUGUUGAACACGGGCUAAAUAACACUGGAUGCACCCUUACAGUUGGCAGUGGAUGAGCACAGACAGAUAGCAUUGGGAUUGGCUGAUACAGACGGAGAACGCUAGAGCUAGAUGAGCUACUGCAGAUAGCAGUGCAGAUCCACUGUUAGCGAGCUAGCGCAGGCAGGGAGUGGGAGUGGGAGGCUUAGCACCAUGAACCCCAGAGAGAGCGGAGGAGGAGGAGUGGAGGCCAUGGAGACUCAGGCGGGAGGGCUGGAGGUGGGGGAGGAGGGAGGCCAAGCCAGCCACGGAGGAGAUGGAGAAGAGGGGGAAGAAGACAAGGCCUCAGCCUACGACUGCAACGUGUGUGGCCGCAGCUUCCCCUUCCAGAGCUCUCUGUCGCAGCACAUGCGGCGCCACACAGGCGCACGUCCCUACAAGUGCCCCUACUGCGACCACCGCGCCUCCCAGAAGGGCAACCUCAAGGUCCACAUCCGCAGCCACAAGCUGCGCACGCUCACUAGCCACCACCCCGAGGAGGAGGAGGGGCCAGAGGAGGAAGAGGACGGGUCAGUUGAAGUGGGUGUGUCUGAGGGCCUGGACGGUGGAACCAGUCCGACGAAGAGCAGCUCGGCCUGUAACAGGGUCGUCAACGGAGACGCUAACACAGAAGAGGGCAUAGGGAAGACGGCGGUGAGGAGCGUCAAAAGGGAGAAGUCGAGCUCUGAGCAGCGGCCAUAUUGCUGCCGUCUGUGCGGGUACCAGACCCAGCGCGAGGACCAACUCCUCAGUCACAUCGAGAAGGUCCACAUCACAGCCGACAUGGAGGACGAGACUAACCCAGUGAGUCAGGAGGCAGUGGCAACAGAGGGAGAAGCAGGGACUCAGGUCACUGAUGGGGCCUUCCCCUGUGAGACGUGUGGCCAGGUGUUCACACAGGCCUGGUUCCUUAAGUCCCACAUGAAGAAACACGCAGGCCUCCUUGAGCAUUGUUGUCGGGUGUGCGGCCGCCGCUUCAGGGAAGCCUGGUUCCUCAAGAGCCACAUGAAGACCCACAAUGGCUCCAAGGCCUCCGGCCGGGGGAAACCCAAGGCAGACUCCCAAGAGGCCGCGGCCACCAUCAACGACGUGGCCCAAGACCCAGAGACCAAUGUGACCUCCACAAGCCUUUACCAGGUUUGCUCCAAGUGUGGAAACCUGUUCCAUGACCGAGAGAGUCUGAAGGCCCACGAGAAGAACCACAGCCAGGCUAAGCAGCUGACACAGGGCCAGAGAAGACCUAGCGAUAACGGGGACUCUCUCGGUGCCAAAAGGUGCCUCUUGGACUACCUCAGCCUCCGGCCAGCUGUCGAAGAAAAACCCCAGGAAGAGAAGAGGCGCUUAGGCCAGAGGAUCCCCGAGCUGGACCCAGUUUGUAGCUACCAGGCCUGGCAGCUGGCUACGCGGGGCAGGGUUCUUGAGCCUGUGGAGGCAUACAGUAUAAAGGCAGGUGGAGAAGGGGAUGACGUCCUGGCUGGAGGGACCGUGGUGUACGAGAAGGAGAGCAGCCACUACAUCCUGGAGGGCCAGCAGAGGGAGCGACGUUCAGGGAGACGCAGCAGCACCAGCGGGGGAGGGGGUAGUAGCCACCACACGUCCCCUGGGGAGCACACUCCCGAGAGCCUGAGCGACUCAGAGUACCGUCCCUCCUCCCGACAGGGCCGACGUUCCUCCUCUUCCCAGCAGAGUCAGUCCAAGUCCACCGAGUGCUUCGAGUGCGGAAAGGUGUUCCGCAGCCGCCACCAGAUGAUUGUGCACCAGCGGGUCCACCAGAGGCGAGACGGGGGCAGGGGUUCCGGGUCCGGAGGGGACAACAGGGCAGGGCAAGGAGGGGACCGCUGGGGAUCCACCAGUGAUCCCGAAUCAGGCUCCCCUAGCAGGCCCAGCACCCCAGGGUACGGGAACUCACCACCAGCCUCCACCCUGGGAGAGGACGCCCCUGAGAUGGGCACCGCCAACGCAGUCCCACUGACAGAUGAGAAGCCUUACGUCUGCAGCCUGUGUGACUUUGUCAGCACAGAGUCCUCUGCCUUCCUGUCCCAUCUACGUCUCCAGCACACCAGUGACGGCCGACCUAUUCCCGACCCCAGCUCCAGCUCUGAGAGAGGCACCCCGAGUAGCUUCCCCAAGCUGAAGAGGGCUCUCCUCCACGGGCUUGCUCAAUCCUCUGCCCCCCACCCUUACCUCUCUGCCCGACCGUCGAGAGACAGAUGCACCGCCGAGAGCAGUUCACCCACUGACUCUCACCGUGUUGCUCCUCUAGACCUGUGUGUGAGGGCUGAGGGCCACAGGGGCCCGGCCUCCUCAGCUCUUCAGCAGAAGGGCCUGCCCAGUCAUAAGUGCUCCUACUGCUCCCACUCCACCCACUACCUGGAGGUGCUGUGGAUGCACCAGACUGUUGCCCAUCGCAUCAACAGCAGCGCCCUGGCCCCCAAAUGGGCCCUCCUGAAGAAUGGCUUCAAGGGCCCCCGAGAGGGCUCGUCCUCCAGGAGACGCACGGGCCCUCCUCCCGCUCUGGAUGGGAGGGAGUGUCCCCCAUUGCCCCCUGUGGUGCGCACCCCCCGCACACGCCCCCCAUCGUUGAAUGGGGGCCAGAAGAAAGACAGCAGGGACAGGGCAGCCAGUCAACCCAGCACCUCUUCCUCCUCUGCCUCAGGCCCCCAGAGUGUGCGGCCUCCCAGGGCAGGCAGCAGCAGACAGAGAGGCGAGGCUGUGCCAGAUCAGGGCCAGCGCUCUCGCUCCAACUCUAGGCCCAGGGUGGAGAUCUACCCACGGGGAGGCUGCUCGACCGGCUCCCUGGAGAAGAGCACUGCAGCCAGGGCUCCCCAGCGACCCUCAGCCCCUAGCCCCAGUGUCGGAGGAACCACCAGGCUGGUGGAAAGGUACAUGUUGCCUCGGGAAGGCCUGGGAUUCAUGCUGUCCAGCAAACAUGGCCUUGCAGAGUACAGCAGAGCCAGGAGCUCGCCUCAGCCCCAGCCCAAGCCCAAGCCCAGGAGCUCCCAGUUCCACACCCAGUCUCACCCGCAGUCCCAGGGCAGACCCAGGGCAGAGCGCCCAGCCCACAACACCACCACGGCAGGCCAGGGCUAUGGAGCCUCCCACUCCCAGACACAUGGGAGGGCCGUCCAGGUAUCCUCCACCUCCUCCUCCUCCUCCUCCUCAGCCCAGCGUGCAGAGGUGAAACAGGAGGAGGCACGGGGGGUGGAGACACCAGAGCUGCCCAUGGACAUCCUCAGCUUCCUGAAGAGCUGCAACUCCAAUGACCUGGCGACACUCUACCACCGCUGGGGCGCCGCCAACCCCCUACUGGACCCCACAGGGAUGCUGAGGCCUCUGGUUCGACAAGGGGAAUACGGCUGCCAAGAGUGCGGGAAGAGCUUCAGUCAGCCCAGUCACCUCCGCACACACAUGAGAUCCCACACAGGGGAGAGACCAUUCCGAUGCCGCCUCUGCCCGUACCGAGCCUCUCAGAAAGGGAACCUGAAGACCCACGUCCAGAGUGUCCACCACGUACAUUUCGACAACGCCCAGUACCCUGAUUACAGACCACCGGGACUGGACCACGAUCAGGAGGAGGAGCCGGGAGACUGUUUCUCACCCAACACCACCGACCCACCGCGACCUAAUAACAGACCCACCAACGUGACAUCCCCAGGGCCUAAGAUAGAGCUGGAGACUCCAUCCAUAUUCCCAGCCCCUCCCCACAGACAGCAGAGAGAACUGAGAGCUGUGUCAGAGACACCACCUGACAGGGUGACAUCAGCGUGAACUCACCCCCGUUGCCGUUUUGGUUUGAAAUAUUACCAGGAUUAUUUGAAAUGUGUUUAAAAAAGAAAGAAAAGGGUUUCUUGGAAAGAGAAGAAAAAUUGGACGCAAACAAAUGCUGUUUUUUCCCUCUGCGGACCCAUGGGCAAGGACGGCAUGGCGGCGUCCCUAUAGCUUUCCGUUUUCCUAUUUUUCCCCAUUUGAUUUAGAUUGUGAUGAAAUGGUUUUGUGCAUUCCUCAGGACACUGAUCCCUUAAAAACACACGGCAGAAGGGAGCAGCCAAGUUGGCGAUGCUUACACUGACUGAACUGAACACACUUGGCUAACCCUCCGAUUGCAGCUAACUUGACAAGCUUAAGACGGUGUGUGUGUGUGUGUCUGUGUGUGUGUCUGUGUGUGUGUGUGUGUGUGUGUGUGUGUGUGUGUGUGUUCUAUCCUCUCGAGGACCACUAUAAUGAGUCCAGUAUGAUUGGCUGAAGUGGAGUGACCACUACACGAUCUGACUCCGAGGCUGUUUGGCCGGUCAUUAAGGAGAGAGAACGAGAGAGAGAGGGAAGGAGAGAGGGCUAAUGACAGUGUGAGAGGAGGUGCCUGCUUUACUGCUCAUUAAAAAGAGUGUGUGCUUUUAAUGGGGGGUAUAAACGAGCUUAACGGUCGUUCAAUUAUUGUGGAGGAGAAGAAGAGGAGGCCGUUUUUUCUGAUCCCUCUGAUCCGAGCGUAGUCCUCCUCCCACACCCACACCUCCAACCUCAAAUUAUACCCACUUACUGAAACCUCUUAGCAGGAACAAAGUGGUCGGACUGUUUGGUUCAAGUUGCCCUUGCUCUCCUUUCUACUUGAAUAAGACUAAACUCCUAAAAGCUAGUCCUCACAACAGUGGCUUUUGAGAGGUCAGGCGUCUAGAGCUUUCAGGGAGCAUUGAUGAAGACAGUGUUUUGCUUCUGAUGGCUGCAGCGCCGUCGUAGGGUUGCUGUGUGUGUGUGUGUGUGUGUGUGUGCGGCUUGUGUGUGUGCGUGUUUUGCCCCUUCUUGAUUACCUCUGCGUAUUAGACUCCCUUUAGACGCUUUGCAUACUACCUCCUUUGCAAUAAAAGCUUGUUUUGGUUUUUGUAUGGCCAGGUGUGAAGUGAGGACCAAAGCCAUGCUUGCAUACUGUAUAUGCGAUAUAAGGAGAGGCUUCACUGUAACCAUAUGUGUGAUGUUUUUUUUUCUUCUCAAAGUUGCCCUCAUAAAACGCCUCCUGGAUUCAUAGCCAUGCCUAUGACUAUUGGAUUACAUUGAAAUGUAAGUACCUGGGUCCUGUUUGCUAGGGCAGACACCAAAAAAACAUUUUGCAACGGGAAACAAAAAUGAGCGUUUCUGAUUGGACAAAACCAGAUGGGCCCUCCCUGUUUCAGUCCACUUUCUUCCAUUUGGUGCCUAAUGAACACAGCCCAGGUGAGGUGACACUCUAAUAAGUUAGCCAUUCUUGUUUUGGUGCAUGGAUGUCAACAUGUUCGUUCAGACAAGCAGACGAUUGGUCAGACGGUCUUUUUGAGCAAACGUAUGCACGCAAGGCCACGUGCACUGUACAUGACACUGCAAAUGUCCAAGUGUGAGACAGAGAGCCAGAGAUAAAUAGGAAAAUAAUGAAUAAUUAUCAGCUGUUUAGAAUAAUAUUUUUGUGUGUGUGUGUGUGUGUGUGUGUGUGGGGGGGGGCCUCAGUAGUAGUUUUUACAUGAACACAAGAUGAAAGGAUUUCUGUGUCGGUUACUUGGUGUGGUUGGUUGAAUAUGUAUACAUCUGUGUGCUUGAAUAUAGCUACACUUACUGUAUGUGCAUAUUAACGAUGAAGAUAGGCAAUAUUAUCCGCUUCAAGUAUUUGACUAUCAAGUAGUGUCCUUAAUAAUUAGUGCCCUUCAAUACCGUUGUACAGAAUGACCCUUUUUAAGAUGAACUCCUAAAAUACACAUUUGUACUCCUAAGUGUGACUUAGCAGAUAUGAGCAGACCACGCGGAAGUGAGAGAGUGAGUAUUUGUGCGUGCAUAUGUAAGUGUGUCUGUCUGUAUUUUAAUCUUACCAAACCCGUUACAGCGUUAGAUACCAAAUGGCAUUUCCGGUGCUCUUAGACUAGGUUACUGCUUUAACACGUUUAACUGUCUUCAUUUCAUUCAGUCUUUGACUGGUUAAGGUGGUCCAGUUCAAUGUCACCUCUGGUUUUUAAUGAUUAUUAUUCUAUUAUUAUAGAUAUAAAUGAUUUCAUUUCAUUUGCUAUGUGUUUUUUUUUGUUUGUUUUUUUGUAUUACACUGCUUAGUUCAGUUUUCUAAUGGAAAAUGAUAGGCGCAGAAAUAUGUUUCAUAAAGAGUGUGUUUUUAGUCUCUCUCUCUCUCUUUGCUUAAAAAAAAGAGGACUUGUUCAGUAGAUUAUCCAAGGGUGCCCUCCCAAAGAACUUGGAAGUCGUUAUUUCUAUUUCGUUGGGGUUUUAACAAAUCCUCCAAGUCAUGUGUGUCUGUUGGCUUUUUAUUUGUAAUUAACAACAUUGUCAUUUUCCCGUAGAUGACACUGUUUGAAAUGUAUCUGGUUGACAACUGUAUUUAUUAGUUACAAGGAUCAGAGCAGAAGCAGACAGGAGUUGAUUCAUUUGAUUCUUUUCUGAUUAGUUUUUAUACUUUGUUUUCACUGUCUCCGAUGUGAAAGCUCUACCUCGUCUGAGGCCUUCUCAGUUCUGUUAAAGUUUUGUACAUCGUUGCAGAAAAUGUCAUGUCACCAUGUCCACAUUAAAUACACAAAACAUGGCACCAUUCAA